AUGAGAAGACCCACUGGCACGUCUUUUGCAAGAGCUUUUGGUUUCAGUAAAGAAAAAGUAGACGCUUUUUCUGAUCUUCUUGAAGAAGUCUACACUAAGGGUAAUUAUACUCCGAAUCGCAUAUAUAACGUCGAAGAAUCUGGGCUUACAGUGGUUCAAACCAAGAUACCCCAAGUUAUCGGUCACAAAGAAAAACGACAAAUAGCUUCACUUACUUCAGUUGAAAGAGGGUCUUUAAUGACAAUAGUUAUUGCUAUGAACGUUACUGGCCAUUUUGUGCCCCCUUACAUCAUUUUUCCCAGGAAAAAUAUGAGCGAACAGCUAAUGAGACGCAGUUUUCCAGGUGCGAUAGGCGUUGCACAUCCAUCAGGAUGGAUCCAAAUGCAAAAUAUUUACAGAUUAGUUUAA